AUGAAGGCAUCAAACUCAAAGCGUGUCAAGAAGCCAUGGACCGAGCGCCGUAGCCUCGUGCAGAUGCGUUACCGACGGAAAGGCACACUACGGCGUAUGCUGUAUAGCUAUUUCGAUGACUGUCGUUGCAAAGGUGUCUACCUUCUCAUCCAUGAAGACAAUCGGUACUUCACAGUUAACUUUAACAAAUCUGAUUCGAGCAUCCACUUUCCACCAUCAGAUAAAGAUAUAGUGAGUGAUAUCCAGUACAAUUCUGGAAAGAUGCAGCUCUUACAGAAACAGGAGAUGCAUUACCCCCCUCCGUCCCGAACAACGUGCGAGAACUACAUGGAAUAUCAGAAUUCUAGGGAGGUGAAAGGAGAAAAACAAGGGAAACUGGAGAAUAAGCAUUGA